GGAAGGCUGUGGUACAGUCAUAUAUUUUGGAAAAGACUUCUAGCUUUUUACCGUCACUAACCGAAAGAAAAACUAUAGAAAGACCACGGUAAAGUUUAGUAGACACUUUGUGAUUCCGCAUGAACUGAAGGUGUGUAAAACAGUUCGCUUGUUGUUUUCAUUCUGAAGUUCACGAAGUGGGAAAUCAACUGUCAUGCAUACUGGGCUUCUGUUGUUAAAGUAAACCUGUCAUUUCAAAUUUAUAAGCACCGUAUUAGAAAUAUUUUACGGCCCUAUCUAGCCGAUCCAUCAUUCAUUGACUUGAUGUUCCAUAUAAUCCCUAUCUUCCUACCAGAUAAAAAACAAUGGCCUGCGAUAUGAUUGAUAUUUCUCGCCAUAUUAAUGCGAAUCACAAGCAAGCCUGUAGUGACCUUGAGAAGGCCAGACUAAUCAUCACAGAAGCAUUGCAGAGUGAGAUCCAGAGGAACACAACUCUGUGCAUGUUAGUCCACCGUCUGGAAGAGAGGGCAGCUGAGAAUGGAAGGAGCCAAUCAGAGCAGGUGGAGUCAAACCGGCAGCUGAAGCUCCAGGUGGAUGAACUACAGAAACAACUGGUGGACAAAGACAACUCACUAACACAAGCCAAACAGAGUAUUGCUGUCCUGAAGAAUGAACUGGGGGACCUGAAACAGCAGCUGCAGACCCACCAGAGUAAUCGCAGGACUAUUCAGGAAGUGACUGAGUGGCAACAGGAUGAGAGCCUGACCAAUGUUGUGAAAGAAGAGAAUAGUGUCCAGCAGAAUGUUCUUGUUCCAGUUAAAGUGGAAGAUGCUAAUGAUGAAUAUCAAUGUAAUCGAUCAGAUGAAACAGACGCCUCCACAGAACAGACAAUCUCCUCAUCUGCAGGCAGUAGAACGGAACUAGUGCAGGAAGAAGAUGAAAAGUUAGACAUGAUUCCAGUCGUCAGCUCUGAUCCACAUCCAGUCAAGUUUUUGAGAUUAUCAGUGCAAUUGGUUGACUGUUGUGCAACACAAGGUCAUCAAAGAACAACCAGCAAGAAAAAUGAAGCUGGAGAAAACCCCAAUAAUGUAGGGAUAGCAGGAAAGGCAUCAGAAUGGCCUUUGUCUGCAGUCCCCAACUUCACAGCCGUCCCAGAGACAGAGGUGGAUAAUGGGAGGCCAUACAAGUCUCCUGCCUGUGAAGAGGAUUUCUCCAGCAAGUCAGCAAUGGAAAAGCACCAUUCAAAGCAGGACAUUCCCACAGGAGAGAAGCCUCAUCUCGAACAAGACCAGCAUACACACACAGGAAAAAUGCCCCACCACCACAAACAUCAUGGCAAGCGUGUUACGAGGACAAAUGCUCUCUCAGCACAGACGCACUCUGACACAGGAGACAAGCGUCACCACUGUGACCAAUGUGACCAGAGUUUCUCACGAGCACGAACCCUCAGGAGACACAAGCUCAUCCAUUCAGGAGAGAAACCUCACAAAUGUACUGAAUGCAGCAAAUGUUUUAGACGUUUUGAAGGUCUCAUAUUGCACAGGUGCAUUCACACAGGCGAGAAGCUCCACCACUGUGGAGAAUGUGGCAAAAAUUUCACAUACCCAUCCGACCUCGCCAGGCACAAGCUCAUGCACACAGGACACAAGCCGUACUGCUGUGGAGAAUGUGGCAAGAGCUUCAGGCAAGCAGACCACCUCAGGAGUCACAAGCUCAUCCACACAGGAGAGAAACCCUACAAAUGUACUGAAUGCAGCAAAUGUUUUAGAGAAUCAAAAACUCUCAAAGAGCAUCAGCGCAUCCACACAGGAGAGAGACCGUACUGCUGUGAUCAGUGUGGGAAGCGUUUCAGACAAGCGAGCUCCCUCAGGAAGCACACGUCCGUCCACACAGGAGAGAGGCCCUUUCAAUGAACAGAAUAGAGUAGAUCUUUUGGCCGAGUGGGAUGUCUCAAAGAACACCAGCAGCGCAUUCACACAAGGAGGCAUCUUCACGAUGCCAAAGAAUGUGGAUGAACUUUUUCUCAUUUGGGGCAACUAAGAUCGCACCUUCGCACUCACACAGGACACAAGCCCACCCAACCGCAACUGUCAACACUGUGUCAAACAUUGUGUAAAUGUACGACAUCUCGCCUCACGCCACACACAUCCACAAUCACACGUGCGCAUUAAAGGACCAGUUCAGUCAAUUUCAA